GUUGCUGUUGUCUGCCAAACUGGAAUGACCAGACCAAGUCAUCUGAGGAAAACAAAAGCGCUUCGCAACAGUGUCUUCUUAAUGGUUAGCACUUAAGCAGAGUUUAAAGGCAUGAAAAUGACAGCAGCAAAAGAGAAGAAAAAAGGCUCGCUUUUUUAUGGCCUCAUAUAAUUUCGAUUUCGAUGGGCGCGCGGAGCGCAUGUAGAAAGAGAAAGGGCUUUUUUCUGAGUAAUAGGAUUAGUGAAAAGAAAGAAAGCACUUAAGACUUUCCUUGUUUUUUUCUUUUCCUCUGUAAAUAAAAUGUGUGUUAUUAUUAUCAUUAUUACUGCAUAGUGUUUGUUUCAGAUCUGUAUCGUAUUAUUAAGCACAACCAAGCAAGGGUGCAAGGUGGGGGUGUUUUUUUUUUUUUUUUUUGCUGGAUGAGUGGUAGCUGACACUCGCUUAUGGCGUCUGAAACGGCGUCGUCGGCGGAUGAAGAAACCGCUGUUGUUGUUGUUUCAGCUGCGGGUGCAGGAGGGACUGAUAAGAGAGGCAAGCACCGGAUUCUUGCCGAAUUGAAGCGUCUCGACCAAGACUCCAUGUUUCUUCAGGAAGAAUUGGAAGAGCUUGAGAAAACAGAAAAUGUGUCGACCAUAUGCACAGAAUUGCUACAAAACAUGGAAAGUAGGCCUGAUCCAUUACUCCCAGAAGUCCAUGGACCGGUGAACCUCUUAUGGGAUAGAUGGUUUGAAGGGCCUCAAGAUCCACAAGCAUGUAGAUGUUGGAUACUUUGAUUUGAAGCUGUGUCAAUUGCCAUGCGUUGCAAAUAGGAUGCCACAUAUAACUGCAUUAAAGUGACUCUGGAGCUGAAGAAAAUGUUUGAUGACAUCUUAAUACCACGCACACUAAUUCUUUAAUGGAUCCUUGCUUUUAUUACAUUAGAUUCUGAUCUGAAUGCAGUUUAUAUAUAAUCACAUUCAUUUACUGCAUUCAAUUGAGAAAUAUCAUUAUUUGUGCUUGUAAUCCCAAUCCAAAUGUUAAUACACCUUGGUGGUAACUUUCAUGUGUGCAUGAGACAUUAUUGACAUUUUAGCAUCAUUUAGCCUUGAAGGUGAUGGCUUUUGGAAA